AUGCUGGAUCGCCGAGCUGCCAUGCUCGUGUUGUUCAGCUGCUUCUUGUUCCUCACCACGCAUGCACAGCAGCAGCCCCAGCCAGCCGCUAGUGGCAACAGAAAGAGUCCGAGCUGCAUACCGCACGAGAGGGACGCCCUGCUGGCAUUCAAGCAAGGUGUCACCUGGGACCCUGCAGGCCGCCUCAACUCGUGGCAGCGAGACGGUGAUCACGGCGAGCAUGACUGCUGCCGGUGGAGAGGCGUCAGGUGCAGCAACCGAACUGGCCGAUCAAUCAGAUUUGGUCGGCCAGGUAAGUCCUUCUUUGCUUGCAAUGCUCUGGAUCAUCUAGAGCAUCUUGACCUCAGCGAGAACGAACUAGAGGGGCCAACUGGUCAUAUUCCUAAGUUCUUGGGCUCUCUCAAGUAUGUCAACCUCUCUGGCAUACUACUCUCAAGAGCUUCAACUAAAUUUAGCCAACGCAUGCAUGAAUCAAAGUGUAUGCAGAAGUUGUUACAUAAUGUUGCUGGUUUUCUUUUUGAAUGA